AUGUUUUCAAACACCACGUACCUCAUCACAGGCGCAAACCGAGUGAUAGUGACUGUCCGCAACGGAUCCACCGAUGUUUCCUCUCUCAAAGCCCUCCCAAAAGCCGAUGGCAGUAACUUAAUCAUUACCAAUCUUGAGAUCUCUACCACAUCAGUAUCUGGCAUUGAAAUUGCGCACAAGGCAUUAGUUGAAAGCCUGAAGACCCGGGGUGUUGAGAGAAUUGACGUUCUCAUUGCAAACGCUAGAAGUGGCACCUGCUUCAAGUCUACCGUUGAAACGCCACUAGGAGCUAUUUUGACGGACUUCUACACCAACAAACUUGGACCCAUUGCUCUCUAUCAACAUCUGCUUCCAUUCCUUAAGGCUUCUGAUAAUGCAAAGUUUGUUGUUAUUGGAAGUGUCUUGGGGAGCAUUGAAGCUAUGAUGGCUGGAGCACCCACUGUAGCCCAUGGAACUAGCAAGGCCGCAGUGCACUGCGCUGCAAAGAAGAUACAUGACGAGGAAGAGAAGAUUGUUGUCUUGACGAUUCAUCCUGGAUGGGUCCAAACGAAGAAUGGGCAAAAUUUUGCCGAUAGUAUUGGUGUUCCUGCACCACCAAUGACUGUGGAACAGAGUUCUGUCGCUGUUGUGGCACUAAUUGAUUCAGCAACCAAGACCACAAGUUCAGGAACCUUCGUAGGCAAUGAAGGGGUAAAGGUUCCCUGGUAG